AUGAAGUUGUCAUCGCUGCUAUGUAUAGCCGCCGUCGUUCCCAGCAUCGCGGCGGGAAGAUACCUACAUUCCACUUCUGGCCACGAUAACUCGCAGCUAGCACGUGGCUCUCAUGCACCUCCGAUUGCACAACAUCCGGGCUCGGGCUUUCGCCAUCAACUUGACACCAGAUGUGCUGCCUUGUGCGCACAGCUGAAGCGGCAGUUUCCGGCCGAGUGUCAGCACGAGGACGAGCCCGGUUACACUCAAGGGCAACAGCUUUAUUGGUCACAGCAACAGCAGCAAUGCGCACCGACUUGCCGUUUUGUGCCAACAUGCGUUGAACAGGUAGCCACCGUAAUCAAGCGAAUCCGGGCAUUUAAUUGUUCUUUCGCAGUCAAGAGUGGUGGCCACGGGUCUUUCCUUGGAGCCUCGAACAUCCCGAAUGGCAUCACCAUCGACUUGCGUAAGCUGAACACAAUCAACGUGUUGCCAGAGCAGAACAUUACGCAGCUUGGCACCGGAAAUCGCUGGGAAGAUGUCUACUCGAAGCUGGAUCCUAUGGAUUUGGCGGUUAUCGGUGGCCGGAACGGCGACAUUGGUGUGGGUGGCCUCACACUAGGCGGUGGCAUAUCCUUCUUCUCUGGCUACCACGGCUGGGCCUGCGAUAACGUCGAGAACUAUCAGGUCGUCCUUGCAAAUGGCUCGAUCGUCGAGGCAAAUCCACAGUCGAAUCGAGAUCUCUUCUUCGCAUUGCGUGGCGGUGGCAACAACUUCGGCAUUGUGACACGCAUGGAUCUGAAGACAUUCAAGCAAGGUCAGCUUUGGGGAGGAUCAACAGUCUACUCACCAGACCAGAACGCAUCGCUAUAUGAUGCCUUCUACUGGUUCAACCAGAAUGCUCGCGAUGACCCGAACGCCGCCCUGAUCGUGUCAGCUGCUUGCGUCAAGGAUGUUGGCUGCCUGUUUUCCAACAACUACAACUACAUCCAGCCGGAGGUCAACCCGCCCGUCUUCGACAACUUCACGCGCAUCGAGAAUAUUACCUCGACACAGCGGGUAUCGAAGCUGUCGAACUUCACUGCGGAGUUGAAGGCGACGCAGCCACCUGGGUAUCGCCAAGCAUUCUGGAGUAUCACCCUCAAGAACGAUGCAGAUCUGAUGAAGACAAUCUACAACGAGAUCUGGCACCCUGCAGUGCAGCCACUGAUGGAAAUCGAUGGCUUUCUGGGCACUCUUGUCUUCCAGCCUAUAACGGAGCCCAUCAUCGAAAACUUUGCCAAGAACGGUGGCAACGCACUGGGUAUUGACUGUUCGGAUGGUCCGCUUGUCAUACUCAACAUGGACUUCCAAUGGAACUCCACCCAGGAUGACGAACAGAUCUUGAGCACCCAAGAAGACAUCAUAGCCCGGUCGAAGGCACUCGCAGAAUCUCGUGGGUUUAGUCACCGAUACAUCUACCAGAACUACGCCUACAUCAAGCAAGAUGUAUUCGAUGGCUAUGGCCCAGAGAGCAAGGCCAAGCUGCUGGAGGUGCAGGAGAAGUAUGACCCGGAGCAAUUGUUCUCGAGAUUGCAGCCAGGGUACUUCAAGCUCAGGUAG